UAGAGAGAAGCCGUCAAAGCGCUCGGACGUGUCUUUUCAUCCGCAAUCAUAUAUCUCGUUCGUUGUACUCUAAUACGGAGUAUUCUUGUGUUUCUUCUUUAAUAAACGUUUCUUGUUCCUUUUGUUAUACUCGUGUGCUUUAUUUCGGCGGUUCAGGAGUGCGCGUUCGCGACACGAGCGGAUUCCACGAGGCGGUCGUGCGGACGCAUGAGACGAACACACGGACGGACAUAACAAUAUUGUUUUUAAAAACUGUUAAAAAUUAGCUCACUGUUGCAGUAAGCUAAUGUUCUAAAUGUGAUCAGAUUAUAUAAUUAAGUGAUUUUAUUUUAGCAAGUACGUCUAGCGAGCACUUCAGUACUGUCGAAUGCAUGUCGGAAAGUACAGAAGGUACACAUCUAUGGAAUAAAGCAGAAACUACAUUAUUAUUGCAAAUAUAUAAUGAAUAUAAAGAUCAAUUUCGUAAUUGUAAAGGUACUGUAAAGCAAUAUUGAGAAAAAAUUGCCAAAAUUAUACAAGAGAAAGGAUAUGACGUAACAGGGGUCAAAUGUUCAACAAAAUUUCAAUCAAUGAAAAGAAUGUAUAAAGCUAUUUUAGACCACAACAAAAAGAGCGGAAAUAAUCGUAAGGAAUGGGAGUAUUUACAGAUAAUGCAAGAACUAUUUGCUGAUAAACCUUGGAUACAAUCCUUAUCAGUGGCAGGGUCACAUGUAAAUGAGACAGAGAAAAAGGAGAAUAUAUUAGAAGAAAGAGGUAUUAAAAGAAAAAAGAAGUUAAAUGCAUUUAUAGAAGAAUAUAUAUUAAAUAAUGAGGAAGAACGAAAAAGAAGAAGAAAGCACAAAGAAAAAAUGCUUUACUUCAAAGGAAUACAAGAUGUAAUGCAACGAUUGCUAGAAAAAGAAGAUAAAAGUUAG